GGCCCCGCUCCUCCUCAGCCUCCGCCGGCUCCUCAGCCCGAGAUGCCCGACCUCAGCCACCUCACGGAGGAAGAGCGGAAGAUCAUUCUGGCCGUCAUGGACCGCCAGAAGAAGGAAGAGGAGAAGGAGCAAUCCGUGCUCAAGGUCAAAGAAGAGCAAAAACCACAGCCGACACAGUGGUUUCCCUUUAGUGGGAUCACUGAGCUGGUAAAUAACGUUCUUCAACCACAGCAAAAACAGCAAAAUGAAAAGGAGCCCCAGACAAAAUUACAUCAGCAGUUUGAAAUGUAUAAGGAGCAAGUGAAGAAGAUGGGUGAAGAGUCACAACAGCAGCAGGAGCAGAAGGGUGAUGCCCCAACGUGUGGCAUCUGCCACAAAACAAAAUUUGCUGAUGGCUGUGGCCAUAACUGUUCAUAUUGCCAAACUAAAUUCUGUGCACGCUGUGGAGGAAGAGUGUCUUUACGGUCAAAUAAGGUAAUGUGGGUAUGUAACUUGUGCCGAAAACAACAAGAAAUCCUCACAAAAUCAGGAGCUUGGUUCUAUAACAGUGGAUCAAAUGCACCACAGCAGCCUGACCAAGAAGGUACUAGAGGUCUGCGGAACGAGGAAGCACCUCAAGAGAAAAAAGCAAAGCUGCAGGAGCAUUCCCAGUACCAAGGACCAUCAGGUGAUGUAUCCACACAAGUUUUGGACAAAAACAGAUCUCAAGGGCUCACAAGACAAGACUCAAUUAAGAAUGGGUCAGGAGUAAAGCAUCAAGUAACAAGUGACACAACAUCAGACAGGAAAAGAAGCCCAUCAAUAUCAAGAGAACAGAACAGAAGAUACGACCAAAGGGACGAGAGAGACGAAUACUCACAGUAUGCUACAUCAGACAGUGCGAUGCCCAGGUCACCAUCAGAUUAUUCCGAUAGGCGGUCGCAGCGUGGGCCUCAGUUAUAUGAAGAGCCUGAACUGGGUGAUUAUAGAGAUUCCAACAGAAGGAGUCGCAGGCGUUCCAAGGAGUAUCCGGUAGAAGAGGAAGAUGUACAAAACAGGGAAGAAUAUGAAAGGCAGCGGAGGGAAGAGGAAUACCAGGCACGGUACCGAAGCGAUCCAAAUUUGGCUCGUUAUCCAGUCAAGCCGCAACCGUAUGAGGAACAAAUGCGUAUCCAUGCUGAAGUGUCCCGGGCACGUCAUGAACGGAGACAUAGUGAUGUCUCAUUGGCAAAUACUGAGUUGGAAGAUUCUCGGAUGUCUAUGCUGAGGAUGGAACGACCAUCAAGACAAAGAUCAGUGUCUGAGCGUAGGGCUGCCAUGGAAAAUCAGCGCUCAUACUCUAUGGAAAGAACUCGAGAGGCUCAGGGACCAAGUCCCAAUCGCCAGAGGACCACAAAUCAUAGUCCUCCUACACCUAGGAGGAGUCCAAUUCCUCUGGAAAGACCAGACAUGAGGCGCUCUGAUUCAUUAAGGAAACAACACCAUUUGGAUCCCAAUUCUGCUGUACGGAAAACAAAACGUGAAAAGAUGGAGACCAUGUUACGGAAUGAUUCGCUCAGCUCAGACCAGUCUGAAUCUGUCAGACCUCCACCACCAAAGCCCCAUAAAACGAAAAAGGGAGGUAAAAUGCGCCAGGUUUCAUUAAGUAGUUCAGAAGAAGAAUUGGCGUCCACUCCAGAGUAUACAAGUUGUGAUGAUGUAGAGAUUGAAAGUGAAAGUGUUAGUGAAAAAGGAGACAUGGAUUACAACUGGUUGGACCAUACGUCUUGGCAUAGCAGUGAGGCAUCCCCAAUGUCUUUGCAUCCAGUAACUUGGCAACCAUCCAAAGAUGGAGAUCGUCUCAUUGGUCGGAUUUUGUUAAAUAAACGCCUAAAAGAUGGAAGUGUGCCUAGAGACUCAGGAGCAAUGCUUGGAUUGAAGGUAGUAGGAGGAAAGAUGACUGAAUCAGGUCGACUCUGCGCAUUUAUCACCAAAGUUAAAAAAGGAAGCUUAGCCGAUACAGUGGGGCAUCUCAGACCAGGUGAUGAAGUAUUAGAAUGGAAUGGAAGGCUACUACAAGGAGCCACGUUUGAGGAAGUGUAUAACAUCAUUUUAGAAUCCAAACCUGAGCCACAAGUGGAGCUUGUUGUUUCAAGACCAAUAGGGGACAUUCCCAGAAUACCUGACAGCACACAUGCACAGCUGGAGUCCAGCUCUAGUUCAUUUGAAUCUCAAAAAAUGGACCGACCUUCUAUUUCAGUGACUUCUCCUAUGAGUCCUGGCAUGUUAAGGGAUGUUCCACAGUUCUUGUCUGGACAACUUUCAAGCCAAAGCCUUAGUAGAAGAACAACGCCUUUUGUUCCUAGGGUUCAGAUAAAACUGUGGUAUGACAAGGUUGGUCAUCAGUUAAUAGUGACGAUAUUGGGAGCAAAGGAUCUUCCUUCAAGGGAAGAUGGGAGGCCAAGGAAUCCUUAUGUUAAAAUUUACUUUCUUCCAGACAGAAGUGAUAAAAAUAAAAGAAGAACAAAAACAGUAAAGAAAACAUUGGAACCUAAGUGGAAUCAGACAUUCAUUUAUUCUCCAGUUCAUCGGAGAGAGUUUAGAGAACGAAUGCUAGAAAUUACUCUUUGGGACCAAGCACGAGUUCGAGAGGAAGAAAGUGAAUUUUUAGGAGAGAUUCUUAUUGAGUUAGAGACAGCUUUACUAGAUGACGAACCUCACUGGUACAAACUUCAAACGCAUGAUGUCUCUUCAUUGCCACUUCCCCAUCCCUCACCAUAUUUGCCACGCAGACAGCUCCAUGGUGAGAGUCCCACACGGAGGUUACAAAGGUCCAAAAGAAUCAGCGACAGUGAAGUCUCUGAUUAUGACUGUGAAGAUGGAAUUGGUGUUGUUUCAGAUUAUCGACAUAAUGGGAGAGAUCUUCAAAGUUCAACGCUAUCGGUGCCAGAACAAGUUAUGUCAUCUAAUCAUUGCUCUCGAUCAGGGUCCCCUCACCGUGGAGAUAGUAUAGGACGGACUAGAUCGUGGUCUCCCAGUGUCCCUCCCCCACAAAGUCGGAAUGUGGAUCAGGGACCACGAGGGACUCGAUCUACUCCUGCUCAUUACAAUACCCUGAACCGAAUGGAUAGACACCGUGUCAUAGAUGACCACUACUCCCCGGACAGAGAGAGUCAUUAUGUUACUUUGCCUCGUUCCCGAUAUACCCAGUCCACAGAUCACCAUUACAGAGAUGCCAGCCAGGAUCAUGCAAUGUAUCCUCUAUUUUGUGAAGAUGCAAUCAGAUUACUUCGCUCCCGUAAGAUGUGCCGUACCUAUUCUGAGGGUGCUUACUAUGAUCUUGAGAGGAGGACUAGGCAGGAGAGAAGAGUGCCUAAUUCAUAUUAUGACGACACAACCUAUGCUCCUGAAAGGUGGUACAAUGGUGCAAGUUCAUGGGCAGAUCAUGUAGUCAAUGGUUCAGCUGAAAAUUACGGGAAUUGUGAAGCAGCAGAUAGACAGCCAUAUCAAAGAUCCAGAUCAACAGAGCAACGUCCUAUGCUAGAGCGGACCAACUCCCGCUCCCGAUCCACAGAGCGUCCUGACUCAAACAUCAUCAGGUCGAUGCCUUCAUUAAUGACUGGAAGAUCUGCCCCUCCUUCACCUGCCUUACCGAGGUCACAUCCUCGAACUGGGUCUGUUCAGACAAGUCCAUCAAGUACUCCAGUAGUAGGGCGACGGGGCAGGCAGUUGCCGCAGCUGCCACCAAAGGGGACAUUGGAGAGAAAAGAAAAGAAAGCAGAUCCAGAGAAUGGGGAUACAGGUGCAAUGGAUGUAGAAGAGAGGAAUCGCCAAAUGAAAAUGAGCAAGUACAAACAGGUAGCAGGAUCAGAUUCCAGGCUGGAACAAGAUUAUCAUUCUAAGUAUCGGUCAGGACGGGAUCCUCAGCGAGGCUCAGACAACGUUUCCAAUAAGUCUUCAGACAGCGACGUCAGUGACGUCUCCGCCGUGUCACGGACAAGCAGCGCUUCACGUUUCAGCAGCACAAGCUACAUGUCUGUCCAGUCGGAGCGGCCAAGGGGAAACAAAAAAAUAAGUGUCUUUACAUCCAAAAUGCAAAGCAGACAGAUGGGCGCCUCAGGAAAGAACAUGACUAAGAGCACCAGCAUCGGCGGGGACAUGUACACGCUGGAGAAGAACGACGGCAGCCAGUCAGACACCGCAGUGGGCACUGUUGGUGGUGGUGGCAAAAAGAGACGCUCCAGCAUCGGUGCAAAGAUGGUCGCCAUUGUGGGUCUCUCGCGAAAAAGCCGUAGCACGUCACAACUCAGCCAAACUGAAGCAGGGGGCAAGAAGCUGCGGAGCACCGUCCAGAGGAGCACUGAGACAGGGCUGGCCGUGGAGAUGAGGAACUGGAUGACCCGUCAGGCCAGCCGGGAGUCAACGGAUGGGAGCAUGAACAGCUACAGCUCUGAGGGAAAUUUGAUUUUCCCUGGUGUGAGGUUGGCUGCAGACAGCCAGUUCAGUGAUUUUCUGGAUGGACUUGGUCCUGCCCAGCUUGUAGGGCGACAGACUUUGGCGACACCAUCGAUGGGAGAUAUUCAGGUGGGAAUGAUGGACAAGAAAGGACAAUUGGAAGUAGAAAUAAUCCGAGCUCGUGGCCUUGUUGUAAAACCAGGUUCAAAGACACUGCCAGCACCAUAUGUAAAGGUGUAUCUAUUAGAAAAUGGAGUCUGCAUAGCCAAAAAGAAAACAAAGGUAGCAAGAAAAACGCUGGAACCGCUUUAUCAGCAACUUCUGUCAUUUGAAGAAAGUCCUCAAGGCAAAGUUUUACAGAUAAUCGUUUGGGGAGACUAUGGACGUAUGGAUCACAAGUCCUUUAUGGGAGUGGCACAGAUACUUUUAGAUGAACUGGACCUGUCCAACAUGGUGAUUGGGUGGUUCAAACUCUUCCCUCCUUCUUCCCUAGUAGACCCAACUUUAGCUCCUCUCACUAGAAGAGCUUCCCAAUCAUCUCUUGAAAGUUCAACAGGACCUUCGUAUGCUCGCUCAUAGCAGCUGUGAAACUGUUGUCAUAGCAACCAGCGUUACAAAAAAAAUAAAAUUACAGGUCGCAAACCCUGGUAACACUGCAUGCUUAAUGUUGUGUCUUCUGAGCCUGUUUCUAGGGCUGCAACGCGAUCCUGUGUUCUCAAGGAAGUUGCACACAUUGUGCCCUACAGAAGGCCCUCAGGUGAAGGACUGCAGUCAUGAAGAACUGAUAGGUUUGGAGUUCAGGGACACUCAGUUUUGGUCCAAUCUGAAGCCAUGGACUAAACUAAAAGAAUCAAUCUGUUUCAUGCAACAAAAGUCCUUUUCAAUGGCAUAUCUGUUCUGUUGCUCCCGUUUCUUUAUUUAUCUGCCCUCCCCUCCUAAAGCUUGGUUAUGCCACAGAAAUGGAGUUACCCUCCCAUGAAGCCAUGUUACAAGUCAGUGGAUUAGCAGACAUCGGAAGAAAAGAAGAAUGUAAGAAUGCUGUAAAAGUCAACUGUUGUUUGACACAGUUGCUUGAGAUCCGAAAACUCUUCAUACUGAAAAGGUUCAAGACUUGAAGUGGCGGGCUUCAUACCUCCAGCUAUAGAUACAGUGAAAACCCAGAUGUGAUGGACUCUCUGAAAAAUAAAAUUCUGUGGAUAUACUGUACUGUAUGAAAUUAAAGAAACUUUUUUGCAUGGACACAGAUUUAGCUGAACACUUAAAUUAUUUUCUUGGGGCUGCAACUUGCAAAAAAAAAAAAAAAAAAAUAAAUCAGCCAUUUUCAACAAUUUAUAUUAUUUUUAAAAAUAAAUUUCACUAGUGCAUGGUUUUAAAGGGAAGAGAAUGCAACAGGGUGAUACAAAGACACACCACGUUUAUCAUUCUUUAAACCAGUCAUGGUCUGUAUUUUUGCAGACGUAUAUUAAAAAUAAAAAAUAAUUUCUAGCAAAUAUUUAAAAUUCUGUUUAUGUGACAAGAAAUAAGUGUAAUAUAUUAAAUUUAUUUAAAUGUAAAAGGUACAAGCCUUGUAAAGUUCAACAUAAUGUGCAAAUUGUACACUUCUUUUACCUCCUCCUUUCUCUAUCUCUCUUCCCAGUCUCCCUUCUUCCUUUUGCUCUUUUCCCCCUCUACCUCCCAGGAUGAUCAUCAUAUUCUAAAAUGGCUACCUUUUGACUUAUUACUCUCUUAUGCCCCAUAUUUGGUUCAGGGUUGCAGAUUGUUCUGCAUUUCUGAAUUAUUUGAGAAAAAUAUUGUUUAAGAACUUACUUUUUUUCAAGCAUGUUGAAAAGGAUUUUGCAACAUGGCUUGGGAGUACAUUAAUGUAAUUCAGCAUGUAUUUGAUAAAGAAGAUAUUUGAACUUUUUGCAAUUUAUUGUACAGUGCAUGGUAACUUAUUUUCAUUUUUUCUCACCUUCAAAUUGAAUUCUACAGCAAAAUACUGGAAUCAUGUGGCCAUUGUAAGAUGUCUUCAAUAAAUUUGUUUUCAGCACCAGCAUCUUUCAUUCAAAGGUUGAACUAUCAUUUCUUGAGGGUUUAUGGAAAGAGGAAAAAUGAAGUACCUGGUUGGUUUUAGAAAAUAAAUUUAAACACUUUUAUUUGCACUAAACCAAAUUAAUUGCUACAUUUUUGAGAUUACGAAAGCAACAAAGGUUAAUAAUUCCUACAGUUCUUCUGCUGUAAAGUUCAAUUUUCAUAAACUACAUUUGUGUUGCAAAAGACAUAAUUAAGUAAUAUCAGUCUGAAAAAUUCAAAUCUUUGGUUCGUAAAAUAGCCUUAAAGAAAGCUUGUCAGUACCACUCCGACAGCUAUUUGCCACCAUUUCCAGAACCCUCACUGCAGUCAAUGGUUCUUCAAACCCCUGUUUUUUGUAGCAGACAGUAACUACCGUUGGGUGGUGCUGCAAGUUCAAGCUUCUCAUUAAAUUACGUUAUUUAAAGGGAAUGUAACUGGUUAACAUUUAAUAACAAAAUAUCCUUUUUUUCUGGGUCUUUGUAUGCCUUUAAUACCUAUUUAAGGUUUAAUACUGAAACCUUGCAAUAAUUUUUGAAAUAUACAUUGCAUUUACCUUUAAGGCCACACACAAUUAUUCUGAUUUUAUUUGAAAAUCUAUUAAAGUUUCCCAUUAAGAGAUCGUACAUGCCUCACAUGAGGGCAAAAGUAAUAACAGUAUCACUUAAAAUGCCUUUUACUUUGUGCAAUAUCAUAUAAAUCAAGAUUGUGUCUUGUCUUCAGAGUUUAUAUAAUGGAUUAUUGUUAAGUUAAUGGACAGACUGGUAAAAUUAUAUUUAUGGAAAUAAUUUAGACACCUGUCUACCAGCAGCAAAUAAAUACUACUAACAUGCAGUCUACAAUAUCCCCUAGGAUAUUAAACAAAAAUACAUAACCAUUUUCCUGAUACUGUGAGAUGCGCUCACACAUUCUUGUAUGCAUAGUCCUAUAUAAAUUAUUUCAAAUUUUAAAAACAAGGACAUGACGCAUGGAAGGUUUGUACAUACUUGUCAUUAUGCAGUAUUUAUUUUAAAAAAAAUUAAUGUAUUUUUUUUAAUUUUCACACGUCUGCAACUCUACUUAUGGUUUAGUCAUGUAAAUAGCACUAUUCCAGUGAUCACUGCUGUCUUGUACAUAGUACGUUUUAAAAAGUUAAAAGGAAUUACAGUUGGGGGAAACAAAAAAAACAAAAAAAAAGGGCAGAUUAGGCCUGUAAUGAACACCAACUAAUGUAAAUCAAACUCAUUCUGGUGAUGGUAUUUAACACUUUAAAUAAAACAUUUUCUUUACAGAA